AUGCAGCAAGCUGGGCUUACCCUCAUGACUGUGGCGCUGUGUGUGGCUUUUCGAACCUCAGAAGCCAUACUUCCCAUAGCCUCCAGCUGUUGCACUGAAGUGUCUCAUCAUAUUUCCAGAAGACUUCUGGAGAGAGUGAAUUCGUGCAGCAUCCAGAGAGCUGAUGGGGACUGUGACCUGGCUGCUGUCAUCCUCCAUGUUAAACGUAGAAGAAUCUGUGUCAGCCCGCACAACCGUACUCUGAAGCAGUGGAUGAGAACCUCAAAGGUAAAGAAGAAUGACAAAGAAAAUCUCUGCCCUGGAAAGAAACCACCCAGCAGGAAGGACAGAAAAGGACACACCCCAAGAAAGCACGGAACACACCGCACACGCAGCCAUGAAACUCCUCGUUAG